CACAAACUUUAUUUUCCUAUGUAUGUAAAAGAGAAAUGAAAUUAUAUCAUAUUUAAUUAUAUAUGAAUGCUCAAACCUAAAUACCCAGCCCUCAUUCUAUUUCAAAGUUUCAUUACGCAUCUCAAAUAUCUCUCUCUCUCUCUCUCUCUCUCUCUCCUAUCUGUCUCUCUCUCUCCAAGAAUAUACAGAGAGCCAGCCACCCCAGAAGGAACCGAGCACCUCCUAUCCCACAAGCAAAACCAGACAGGCACAUAUGACAUAUUCCUUUUCUCUCUCCACAAUAUAAAGCUUCCUUCUUUACAGCUCUUCAAGCAGACCCUCUCUCUCUCUCUCUCUCUCUCUCUCUCUCUCUUCUUCGUUGAUACUCGAACGACCUUUGUCAGAGCAAAAAUGGUCAAGUACCAGAAAAAUUUUCUGCAUAGCCAGUGGAGAAAAGGCAAAGAAUACGUGUUCGUUGUAGAUGAAGAUUCCGGCCUAGACCCUCUUGGAUUAAUAUGCGCGAACUCUUCUUCUCACAGCAGCAGCAGCAGAAGAUUCAAGCCCAAGUUUUUGUAUUUCGCAUUUUUCUCCCUCGUUUCUUGCAUCCUGCUUUUGUUUCCUAUGCUGUUGUCCCUGAGCUCCAGUUUAUCUCUCUUCUAUGAAUCUGAAAGUGGUGGAAAUGGUUUCCUUUGCUUGUCUGUUCCUAAUGAUACUCUUUGUUGUGAUAGAACUAGCAGAAGAUCAGAUACAUGUGUGAUGAAAGGCGAUAUAAGAACCCACCCUGCCUCCUCCUCAAUCACUCUCUAUCGUUCCAACGCCUUGAACGACACCACCUCCAAUGGCGGGUGGGCCUAUCCCGAGGCGGAGGAGGCCAUCCAACACGAAAAGAUUAGGCCCUACACACGAAAAUGGGAGAGCCAUGUCAUGAACACCAUUGACGAACUAGACCUCCUUGUCAAGAGGGGCUCCAGCCCCCGCCACCACUGUGAUGUCCACCACAACGUCCCGGCUGUUUUCUUCUCGACUGGAGGCUUCACGGGAAACCUCUACCACGAGUUCAACGAUGGGAUCAUCCCCCUCUACAUAACCUCCCAAGAAUUCAACAAGAAGGUUGUGUUUGUGAUUCUUGAAUAUCAUAACUGGUGGAUCACAAAGUAUGGUGACAUACUGUCUCAGCUCUCCGAUUUCCCGCCUAUAGAUUUCAGUAACGACACGAGGGUUCACUGCUUCCCCGAGGCCAUUGUGGGAUUGAGAAUCCAUGAUGAGCUCAGCGUUGAUCCUGCCUUGAUGGGAGGCAAAAACAGGACCAUAUCCGACUUUCAUGAUCUCUUGGACCGUUCCUACCGGCCUCGUAUCAGCAGCCUCAUUCAAAACGAGGAACGUGAUGCAGCUGAGGUGGGAACGGUGACACAGAAAUGGGGUUUAACCAGACCUAAACUGGUCAUAGUAGCCAGGAAUGGCUCAAGGGCUAUAACCAAUCAAGAUGCAUUGGUGAAACUUGCAGAAGAGAUUGGAUUCUUUGUGGAAGUUCUCAAGCCCGAGAGAAGCACCGAGCUUGCUAAAAUCUACCGCGUUCUCAACUCAAGUGAUGUCGUGGUUGGGGUCCACGGCGCUGCCAUGACUCACUUCCUCUUCAUGAGGCCUGGGUCUGUGUUCAUUCAAGUGAUACCACUAGGCACAGACUGGGCUGCAGCUACUUACUAUGGGGAGCCGGCUACAAAGCUCGGAUUGAACUACAUUGGCUACAAGAUUCUUGCUAAAGAGAGCUCAUUGUAUCAAGACUACAGCAAGGAUGAUCCUAUACUGAUGGAUCCAGACAGUGUGAACAAAAAGGGAUGGGAAUUCACCAAGAAAAUCUAUCUUGAUUCCCAAAACGUGAGGUUGGAUCUUGGGAGGUUCCAAAAGCGCUUGCUUCGCGCCUACUACUUCACCAGAGCUGGGAAAAAUAGGCGUUUGCGCCGUCUAUCUGAAUAAGCCCUCUGUCUUUAAACACAUUCUUUUGUUUAGUGUAGUCUCACUUUUGUAAAUCAGUAAAUACAGAGAGAGAGAUGGUUGUAAAGAUUAGUGUAUUGUCAUUUUGUACAUCAAAAACUGCAUUGUGAAGGAACUUUGAGGUGAAAUUUCUCAAGAUAUGUGUUGUUUA